ACACUUCCAACUCGCCUCUCAUCAGAGCUCUACGCACUGUUAAUCCUCGAGAGCUCUAUCAUGUCGAACGUCUCUAUCCCAAAGACCCAGGUCGCCGCAGUCGUUCCCGCCCCGGGCGCCGCCGUCGAGAUUCGGACCGACUACCCCGUCCGUCAGCCAUCCGAGCUCGAGCCAGGCGAGUGCCUCGUUAAGCUCACCUACACCGGUGUCUGCCACACCGACCUUCACGCAAAGAAGCACGACUGGCCCGUCAAGCCUAAGAAUCCGCUCGUCGGCGGCCACGAGGGCGUUGGCGUCAUUGUCGCCAUCGGCGAGCACACCGCGCACUCCCCCGUUAAGGUCGGUCAGCGCGUCGGCAUCAAGUGGCUCGCCGAUUCGUGUCUCCAGUGCGAGCAGUGCCGCAAGGGUCUGGAACAAUGCUGUCUUAAUUGCAAACUGAGCGGCUACACCGUCGACGGCACUUUCCAGCAAUACGUAGUGUCCUUCGUCAACCACGUCUCCCCCAUUCCCGAGGGCAUUCCCGACGCGGACGCCGCUUCCAUCCUCUGUGCAGGUGUAACCGUAUACCGGGCCAUCAAAUACUCCCAGACGCAUACGGGUGACUGGAUCGUCCUCCCCGGCGCCGGUGGAGGUCUUGGUCAUUUGGCCGUCCAAUACGCACGUGAAAUGGGUCUUCGAGUCGUCGCAGUUGACACGGGCGCCGAAAAGAGAGAACUCUGCAAGAAACUCGGCGCCGAGCACUUCAUCGACUUCCGCGAGUCGAAGGACCUCGUCGCCGACAUCAAGGCCGCGACCGACGGGCUCGGCCCGCAUGCCGCCGUCGUCACCGCCGCGACGGGUGAGGCGUAUAACCAGGCCGUCACGUACCUGCGCAACGGCGGGACGCUCAUGGCCGUCGGGCUUCCCGGCGAGGCAACACUCGACGCGUCUAUCUUCUUCACCGUCUUCAAGGGCAUCAGCAUCCUCGGCAGCUACGUCGGCAACCGCCAGGACGCGAUCGAGGCACUCGACAUUGCUGCGCGCGGGAAAGUGAAGGUGUAUUAUAAGCUGAAGAACUUGAGCGACCUGAAAGACGUGUAUGAGGGUAUGGAGCGGGGCGAGAUUGCGGGACGGGUGGUGCUGGAUUGCGCCAAGUUCUGAGCAACAGGUCUAUCUUUCCGAAAGGGUUGAGGGAAGACCGAGGGCGGAGGUCGAUGAACGGUUUCUGCUUAACUGUAGAUUUUUAUAAUUGUCUGUAUGAUAUUAGCAGUUGUAGCAGUAGCAGCAUGUGUCGUGGAAAGUAUUGUAUAGUCGUGAAUGUACUGUAACUAGCAGUGUCACAUUACGCCGCAUUCACAUUGCGCCUGGCAUGGAGACACGAUGCGACAAUAGGAAUUCUGUGCCUC